UUUUCAUGUCGGCGGCAGAGCCAUUAUGCUCUCGCUCCCACCAUGAGCCGCUGGUCUGCUUCCCAAGGAGUCGUCCUGACGGCGUAUCACCCCAGCAGCAGUAGCCGCCGCCGCCGCUGCCUCCAGGACGCCGAAGAGGCGCCGGGAGCCGAUGCUGAGGACAAUGCCGAGGCGUCCCCCUUAAGCCGGAGGUCUGGUCAGUAUACAAUGAAUCAUGAUAACUCUAAGAAGCCUUCAGGGAAGCUCCCUUGCGAGCAUUCAGGAUCUCAAGAUUCACUUGAUGAGUUAUCCAUGGAUGACUAUUGGAAAGAACUUGAAAAUAUCCAUGAAACAAGAAGUGGUAAUCAUGAAGAACGUGAUCUGGUUGUGGUGAAAGAACCUGACGAGGGUGAAUUGGAAGAAGAGUGGUUAAAAGAAGCAGGUCUGUCAACGCUCUUUGGUGAAGCUGCUGGAGAUUCCCAUGAAAGUAUGGUGGUUUUGGCUACCUUGACCAGAACUCAGGCUAUAGCAGUGCAGAAGCGAGUCGAUACCAUCACCCAGACAAUGAGGAAGAAAAACAAACAGUACCAAGUUCCUGAUGUGAGAGAGAUCUUCAAGCAACAAAAUGAAUCAAUGGAAAAAGAAUCUGGCAUUGAUCACCAUCCUGUAAAAGCAGAAGGGAAAAAAGAAAGUGUACAAGAAAAAGCCAAGGAAGCAUAUGAACAUAUCGAUAAUUGUCCAAGAGAAGAUUUGCCACCAGCUGAAACAGACAUUAAUUUGGAAAUAUCAUUUUCUGAACAAGCAGUUAAUCUCAAAAAUAACUCUGUAAGUGACGUGUUAAAAGACAAAGAAGAUGACACUCUGCUUCCUAACUUCAGAUUUCCGAAGGACAAAACAGGUACAACAAAAAUUGGAGAUCUUGCACCUCAGGAUAUGAAGAAAAUCCAUGCUUUGGCCCUGAUUGAACUGACUGCUCUUUUUGACAUUCUUGGAAUUGAACUGAAACCACAAAAAGCAGCAAAAAUUAAAGUGAAAGAAUCUGGUCUUUUUGGUGUUCCACUCUUGGUUUUGCUAGAACAUGAUCAAAAGAGAGUUCCAGGUAUCCGGACACCAUUUAUCUUUCAAAAACUCAUUUCUCAGAUAGAAGAGGGAAAACUGGAAACAGAAGGAUUGCUUCGAAUACCAGGAGUUGCUGCUAGAGUAAAGAACCUUUGCCAAGAGCUAGAAUCAAAAUUUUACGAAGGGACUUUCAACUGGGACAGUGUCAAACAGCACGAUGCAGCCAGCCUUCUAAAAUUCUUCAUCCGAGAAUUGCCACAACCCUUAUUCACUGUGGAGUACCUUAAGGCUUUCCAGGAUGUGCAGAAGCUUCCAACCAAGAAACAUCAGCUUCAAGCACUGAAUCUUUUGAUUCUUCUUCUCCCAGAGGGAAAUAGAGAUACACUCAAGGUGCUGCUUGAAUUUCUUCAAAGAGUGAUUGAUCUUCGAGAUAAAAACAAGAUGACCCUCAAGAAUGUUGCCAUGGUUAUGGCUCCAAACCUCUUCAUGUUUCAUGGUUUGGGUGCCAAGCCCACAGAACAAAGCGAGUUUGUUAUGGCGGCUGGGACAGCCAAUGUCAUGCGCUUUAUGAUUAAAUACCAGAAUCUUCUUUGGACUAUUCCUACGUUUCUUGUGAACCAAGUAAGAAAGCAGAACGCUGAAAGUCAGAAAAAGGAGCGAAAGGACAAAGCCAUGAGGAAACUUCUGAAAAAAAUGGCCUAUGACCGAGAAAAACAUGAGAAGCAAGAUAAAAGUAUCGGCGAUCAAAAGAGCGGCAAUGAUGCCGAUAUUCCAGAGGGAGUAAUACGGGUUCAAGCACCUCAUCUUUCCAAAGUUUCCAUGGCAAUUCAGCUGACGGGAGAGCUAAAAGCUGGUGAUAUCAUUGCCAGGUUCCUCAGCCAGAAAAGUGGAAAUGUACAAGGUUUGAAGAAAGAAGAGCUGUUUUUACAUGAAGUAGGAGGAAAUAUUGGUGAACGAUGCCUAGACGAUGACACUUUCAUGAAGGACUUGUAUCAGCUGAACCCAAAUGCCGAAUGGAUUAUAAAAUCAAAAAAUGGCUGAAGUUCUGAAUCUAUAAAGAGACUUUCUGCAACACUGUAAUAUUCAGAUGCGGCAGAAUCAAAGGACGCUGAAUUUACUUGAGACUUAGAUGUGUUGCACCGUUGAGGAGUAUUGUGCGACAGAGUUAGCCUUCUGCUUCUCUCAAGUAAAGGAGAGCUACUGCAGCAAAAUUAAUAGGACAGGAAGCUUUGUGAUCUUACUGAUUUUGUUGGAAGGGACUGAAUCUGCAGUUCUUGUUAUAAACACCACUGUGCCUUUGGUAUGGUCCACUGGAUUAUUAUUUUCUUCAGAUCGCUCAUGAUGGAGCCAGCACCAAUUUUCUUAAUAAAGACAUUUAUUUAAAAAAAAAUAAGAAAAGUAUUUCUUCAUUGGUUCAGAACAUCCUCAAUUGUACUUUUCUGUCAUAGGAUAUGAUGUGGUGGUGGUGUAAUAGGCACUAUUAACAUUAAGCAGGCAUCUAUUUGUUUAUUCUAGUUCAGCAACCUGCUAUCUCCAGGAAUAUAUUUAUUGAACAUAAUGUGAAUGAUUUGAUAUAGCUUUCUUUAUUGGGUGAUACUUCCCAAGAUCAGUAAUAAAAAUGUCAGGAAAGUGAAGAAUUGCAAGAAGCCGUGUCUUUCUUUUUUCUGUACAUCAAAGGUAAUCCUGAGGAGUUAUCUAUCAUCUUUUAAUCCUAACGAGUUUCAUUUUUUUUAAAAAAAAUAAUUACCCCAUUGAUGUUUGUUUAAUAGACAUAAGACAAUGUAAGAUGUAAUAUCUAAUCACGAUCGGGUAUUCACAUUUAGCAAUUUAGAUCUGUCAAUGAAUAUUGAGAAUGCUUAAAUGCUCCAAGUGCACUGGAUAGUCAUUUCACUCAGUUUUUCAUGGGUGGCUAAGAAUUCUGGGAUUUGUAUUGUCCAUUUUUA